AACUGGGAACUCUUAAGUCACAUGGGCAGACUCUCAGCAAAGGCCAGUCACUGUAGUACCCACGUGGAGGAGAGGAGUUGUGACCACAUUUCCAUUUCUCCCCUCCAUCGCCAGCAGUGUCUGCUUGGGGCUUAAGACAUUUAUUCUUACUGAUUUGCUAUAAGAAUGAGGAAGGUGUGAGCCUUUGAAAUGUUAGUGAGAGGUUGCCCGCAACAAGGGCAUGCUCGACGCCAGUGACCCGUGCAUUUGGAAUGAGUUAGCUGGAAAUUGUAUUGUGUAUGUUUUACCCCGUAAGUAAAUCAGCAGUGAGAUUCUUGAGAGGAAACAGUUGAUUUUAUAGGUGGCAGAGGAAAUCAUUGAUACCGUAAAGACAGACAAGUUGACCAUGCCAAAAAAAAUAACACGGAUACCGGAAUUAUAAGAGAGGAGACACGCCGGGGCCAGGUGUGUGUUUAGCUUUGGUGGGCAGUAGGGAUUUGAGAGUUCUACUGAAGGGCCCACUGACUGGGGAACUAGGAGUAGGGGUUAUCUGCUGGAGUUCAGACGUUUGAGGAAGGGACACAGGAUUUGAAAUGCUAAUUUUGCCAAGCUAGAGAAGCUUAGUGGUGUUGAAGGCCUCCUGGGCGGCUGUAGUUAGGAACCGCAUGCUUACUUGGCUCUUCAGAGCGGAGACUGAAAUUAAGGUUGAGCCGGUGUUAGUAUUUGGCCAUAAAGUAAGCUGCCAGUCUGGGGAAAGAAACUACUAUCAAGAGCUAGUGUGAAUAUGAGAUGGCGAACCAGCAAAUCUUAAGAGAGGUAAAGAAGUAAGAACAGGAAGAACAAAGUGGGUAGGUAGGUCAGUGCGUCGGGCGUCUCCGGGAGAUGGCAGGCUAGUUGAACAGAGAAUGAACUGGUGACACUCAGUGUGGCUGGGCGCACAGGAGUCCCCUUACCUGUGGCAGGGGCAGGAGCUGGGCACCCAGGCCUCUUUAUUCUUUUCUUCAUCCUCUGGGAAGGAAGCCAGAGGGCUGACAGUCUGAGUGCUGACCUGUUAGUGCUUGAAUUUUUACAAAGCUCUGUUUUGUUUGGAUUUUGGCAGAUCCUUGUGGCUCUGAAGCACACAGCUAUUAUCCUUAUUUUAUGGACAUUUUAGAGACAACGAGCCCCAGAGAGAUGAAUAUCCUUCACGGCCACAGGAGAGUUUGCUUGAAUUGGACAGCCGGUCUCUACUCCCAGCUUCUAGGCUCUGUCUCCUCUAACUUAUUGACGUGUUCCAGCAAAGCUCCAAGAGUUUGGUUCUUGGACAUCAGGAAGUCUUUUGGACAUGCAGAGAUAUCUAAACAAUACCAGGAUGUUAGGCAUAGGUGCAAAAUGCAUGGGAUAUCAUCCAUAGUUAUUCCUGGGGAGUUGUGAUCAUGACUCAGGGUGACUUUGCCCCUUGACUUUACUUUUCCAAAUUUCCUAUAAUGGACAAACUAUGUAUGGGCUUUCAAAGUAGAAAAGUAUUUGCUAAGCUGGAUAAUAUACACACACACACAGUGUUUCAAGAGGGCAACUAGAUGUGUCCUCUAAGCUUCUGUAAUGAGCAAGAAACAUGUUUGAAUGUUUUGUUUCAUCUUCUUUUUAGAAAUGCCCUUGGUGAUGGAAAGAGAGCCACUAUCUUGAGGAGCAACUGGACCAAGGGCCUAUAUAACCAGCUUAUCGGCCCCUGCCUUUAGCACGUCACUCAACUUUGUGGAGACCGAAAGGAAGUCCAAAAAAGCUAAGUACGAAAUGGCCAGCGGUGGUCACCGGAACUUCAGGGUGAUGGAUGAGGUUUUCACAAUUGAUGACUGUGACUGUCACACAGAAUUUCUGUCACCACCAGAUCUUGAUGAAAAUCAUUCUAAGAUGGAUCCCAAGCUUGCUUCCCCGCCUCUUACACCAGCAUUUAAGGAAAUGCCAGUUUUCUCGACGAAGCUAUUUCUCUCAAACUUCACUUUGUGUUCCUUCAAGGGAAUUGCGUUGAGAUGCUUCAUCUUCUGCUUAGUGAUCCUGUUGUUCUCUUUCACUUUCUCCUAUUUGUCAGGUCCACCACCAAAAUAUAAAGGAAAACAAAAAUCCAGAAGCAAUGACAUGGAGAAGUUCAGUCCUUGCUCACAAAUGACUUUACCAAUGGACCUGAAAACCAUCUUGGAGAAGCAGUUUUCUAAGUCUUCCAGAGCUGCGAACCAGGACUUUGCCAACAUCAUGAAAAUGCUGCGGAGCCUGAUCCAGGACGGCUACACUGCACUGCUGGAACAACGCUGCCGCAGCGCCGCCCAGGCCUUCACAGAGCUGCUCAACGGGCUGGACCCCCAGAAGAUCAAGCAACUGAACCUGGCCAUGAUUAACUACGUCCUAGUGGUAUACGGACUUGCCAUUUCUCUUCUUGGAAUAGGACAGCCUGAGGAGUUAUCUGAAGCAGAAAACCAGUUUAAGAGGAUGAUUGAACACUAUCCCAAUGAAGGACUUGAUUGCUUGGCUUACUGUGGAAUUGGCAAAGUGUAUUUGAAGAAGAACAGGUUUCUGGAAGCACUUAAUCACUUCGAGAAAGCAAAAACCUUGAUUUACCGUCUCCCUGGAGUGCUAACUUGGCCCACGAGCAACGUGGUUAUCGAAGAGACCCAUCCAGGGAAAAUAAAGAUGCUGUUGGGGAAAUUCAUUGAAGAAUGCAAGUUCCCUCCAGUGCCCGAUGCUACUUGCUGCUAUCAGAAGUGCCGCGGCUACUCCAAGGUCCAGAUUUACGUCUCUGACCCCGACUUCAAGGGUUUUAUCCGAAUCAGCUGCUGCCAGUACUGUAAGAUAGAGUUCCACAUGAACUGUUGGAAAAAAUUAAAAACAACGACCUUUAAUGAUAAAAUCGACAAGGACUUCCUGCAAGGAAUUUGUCUCACCCCCGACUGUGAAGGAAUCAUUUCUAAGAUCAUCAUCUUCAGCAGUGGUGGUCAAGUUAAAUGUGAAUUUGAACACAAGGUCAUAAAAGAAAAAGUUCCUCCAAGACCUGUUCUGAAACAGAAAUGCUCUAGCCUCGAGAAGUUAAAACUGAAAGAAGACAAGAAAUUGAAGAGAAAGAUCCAGAAACAGGAAGCAAAAAAAUUAGCACAAGAAAGAAUGGAGGAGGACAUCCGAGAAAGCAACGCCCCCAAGGCUGAAGACGCGAAAGAAGCUGUUGACACAGUUCAGAGCUGCCAGUUCCUCGACGACAGAAUCCUGCAGUGCAUCAAGCAGUACGCAGACAAGAUCAAGGCCGGCGUACUCAACACCUCCAAACUCCUCAGGGAGCUGCUCUCCUGGAAGGUCUUGAGCACGGAAGACUACACCACCUGUUUCUCCAGCAGGAACUUUCUCAAUGAAGCAGUGGGCUAUGUCAUCCGCCACUUGAUUCAAGAAAAGAAUCGAGUCAAAACAAGGAUCUUUCUACAUGUUUUGAGCGAGCUAAAAGAAGUGGAACCAAAACUAGCUGCCUGGAUCCAGAAACUUAACAGCUUCGGCCUGGACGCCGCUGGCUCUUUCUUCACUCGGUACGGAGCGUCUCUCAAGGAGCUUGACUUGAGCAUCAUGGCCUUCCUCUGGAACGAGAAGUACGGCCACAAGCUGGCGUCCAUAGCAGGGAGGCGAUUGGAGCACUUCUCCGAGCCCACAGCCGCGAAGGAGGCGCGCUGUCUGAUCUGGCUGCUGGAGGAGCACAGGGAGAAGUUCCCGGCGCUGCACGGCGCCCUCGACGAGUUCUUCGACAUAAUGGAUAGUCGCUGUACCGUAUUGAGGAAACAGGACAGUGGAGACCUGCCGUUUAACCCUACCAAAAUAAAGAACAAAGGCAAGAAAAAGAAGCAGAAAGAUUCAAAGCCUAUGUUAGUUGGGUCUGGAACAGCUUCAGUGACAUCAAAUAAUGAAACUGCCACUUUGGGUGAUGACCACAGCAGAUGCAAUUCGAACUCCUCAGGCCCCUUCGUGGUACCCGACCACCUUCGGCAAGACGUAGAAGAAUUUGAGGCUCUGUAUGGCCAGCAGAGCAAUGAGUAUGUGGUCCGCAACAAGAAGCUAUGGGACAUUAACCCCAAGCAGAAGUGUUCGACUCUGUACGAUUACUUCUCUCAGUUGUUGGAGGAACAUGGUCCCCUGGACGUGACUGACAGGAUGUUCUCCGGAGAGUACGAGUUCUUCCCAGAGGAGACCCGGCAGAUCCUCGAGAAAGCGGGCGGCCUCAAGACGUUCCUCCUGGGCUGCCCACGUUUCGUGGUGAUCGACAACUGCAUCGCCCUGAAGAAAGUCGCGUCUCGCCUCAAGAAAAAGAGAAAGAAGAAGAUCUUGCAGAUGAAGGUAGAGGAGAUGUCAAGAUCCGGAGAGUACCUGCGGGCCAAGCUGCCCCUGAACCCGGCUGCGAGGGAGUUCACCCCGGACGUGAAGGCCCCGGCAGGGUCUCCCGUGUCCCCCCCUGCCGCUCUCGGACCCGGCGCCGCGACCCCGCUGGGCUCGGAGGACGAGAAGCCUCAGGGGGCCUCCUCCUCCGGUUCCCCCAAGCCCGGCUCCGGCUCCGGCUCCGGGGAGGCCGCCCCCCAGCGAGUCUCCCGCUCCCCCAAGCGCGCCCCCAAGGAGGUGAAGCCCACCUACUGGCCGCAGGCCCCGCUGGUCAGCGGCUACUGCACCUACCUCCCGUUCCGGGGCUACGGCCUGAGCCACACGCCGCCCGCCUACAUCAAUGUCAUCACCACGCUGCCGCCGCAGUACAGCGGCAUCUACAGCCCCCUGGCCGCCGCGGCCGCACCGUACCCGCGGCCCAGUGCCCGCGACAGUGCCCGCGACAGUGCCCGCGACAGGCCAGAAGCCAGUGCCGAGGUUGCCGCCUGCUCGGAGGGACCUCCCUCGGGUGGCCCUGCCGACGACGAUGACAACGAGACCGAGACGGAGACCGAGACGGAGACGGAGACGUCGGAGCAGGCGGGGUGCGGCCAGCACGGAGACACGGCCCAGCCCGGGGAGGACGCCGGCCCCUCGAUGCCUGCAGCCGGCCUGCAGGAAGGAAGCCCGGGGCCGGCCGAGGAGGAGCCACUUGACCCACGGGCAAAGACCGUGCAGGUGUCCUGGAAUACGAUACAUCAGGAAGCCAACACUGACCCUUACAGCCCUUUUGAGGAACAGCUGGGUGACAUGUCACAGAUUGAAAAGGAGUACCACGUUUUACAAAGGCAACUUAAAGAAGCACAUGAAACUCACGAGCAGAAAAAACUCAAGACCUCAGAAGAGAUCAAGGACCUGGAAGAAAAGUUGACGAGGAACGCAGAAGAGAACAAGAUUUCCAAGACUGAAUUAAAUUGGUUUCGUGAAGAUUUGGAGAAGGCAACUAAAAAAUGGCAACAGGAGAAAAGAGAAAUCCAAGAAAAGCUGAGAGGCCUGAAGAAGAGGAUGAAAAGGAUCGUGAGCGCCACGGAAAAGUACACUCAAGGUGAUGACGAAAAGCCCAAGAUCCUCGAAUCCCUUCUGGAUCAGUCUCUGGACACCAGCGAUUCCAGCAGCGCCUUUGCAGAUGAGAAAAUCAAAAUUGAAGAGAGUAUCAAGAAGGGGAAGGAGAGUUACGAGGAGAGUCUUCUCAGAGCCGUGGCUGCAGAGGUGUCUGUGCUCGAAACCCGCAGGGAGAUGGAAGUGGGCAAACUCCAGGCCGUCGAGUCCCAGGCAGAAGCCUACCUGCAGACCCUGCAGCAAGCCAGCAGUGAGUCUGAAGCAGAUCCUGAGUUGGAGUCUGACGUCCAUUCUUGGGAGUCAUUUCUCUCUGACGUUAGAAAAGAAAUUGAGAAAGUAAAGUUGGCGUUUGAAGACCAGAUGGAGGCCAUCAGAAGCGGCGCCCAGCUCAGCGAGCUCCCCCCGGUGCAGGUGUCCGAGCUGUCACCUCCCGCCUACAGCACAGUUCACACCAGGGCUUUAUCCAAAUCUUCAGACACUGAGGACCAAGCUCCCUCGGGUGAUGCAGAUACCAGGGCCAAAACCCAGACAGCCGCAUCCCCAGGUUCAAGUGGCGACUCUGCUGGAGAUGGGCUGGCUGGCAACGCCUCUCCUCCGCCCCCGGGGCCAGUGGGCACAGAGCCGGAGGCCGCCUCCCCUCCACGCAGACAGAGCCCUCCGGCCCGCCAGAACCGCCCUGUGGCCCUGGGGCGCACUGCCCGCUCCAGCCUGUCACCCAAAAAGCCGUUCAACAGCAUCAUGGAGCACCUGUCGGUGGUGUUCCCCUGCUUCACCAGCACCGAGCUUGCCGGCUUUGUUAAGAAAGUGCGGAGCAAGAACAAGAACUCGCUGUCGGGGCUGAGCGUCGAUGAAAUUGUCCAGAGGGUGACGGAACACAUUCUGGAGGAGGACAAGAAGGUCAGUGCCCGGGCGGCCUCCGCCGGCCCCACACUCCUCUCUGGCCUCAGAGAUGAGCCGUGUGUAGAGCCGAGAUGCUCCCGCCCCGGGACUGACUGACACCCCUGCCCCUGUGUCUCUGCAGCCAAGUCCCGGGAGGGACCAGAGCAUCUCGGAGCCCCAAGAAGCACCGGGAAGCAAGGGGCGUCGGAGCAGAGCUGGGCCUGCGCCUGCGGCCUCCUGCGAGCUGUGUGGCCAGGCCUGCAGGUCCCGGAAGGUGCUCGCACUGGAGUGUGGACACAGGCUCCACAGAGGGUGCUUCAAGCAGUGGCUCAGGGGACACAGCGCCUGUCCCGCCUGCCUGCCCCGGGGCUCCGCUGCAGAGUAGCCUGACAGACCCACCGACCGACCCUCCUUCCCUCCUUCUUUCCAUCCUCCCAGAAGACUUCGGAGGCCACCCGUGCCAUAAAGGGCAGACGCUGGAGUGGCCGUGACAUUCACUGUCCUCCGCAGUGGCCCCGUGGCUGACAGGGCAGCGUGAGACACUCCGGCCCUGCAAGGCCACCCAGAGAAGGCGGCGGUCCCCUUCACAUGCCUGAGAGGCGGGGUCCGGAACACCCACACCACACGCAUGAACCGGUGGUGGCUGUGAGCACACAGUCCAUUUGAAGCACCCCCCCACACACACACUCUCUCUCUCUCUCUCCUCAGCUCGUGAGCCCGUGAUCUUUGGCUUUGCUAGUCCCGCCCAGACUUGCCAAACGCUUCUUGUCCUUCAGAGAUGAAAUCUAGUAUUCGAAAAUCAACUGCAAAACGCUUCCUAGGGGUACCUGUGCCCUCAGCGCAGCCCACGUUUGGAAACCAGCUCCCUCCCUGUUCCUAGUGGGGUCUGGACACCCCUGCUCCCACCCCACCCAGCAGUGACGCUUGUGUGAAUAGACCAACCCCCCUCCGCCCCGGUGCUCCCCGUUUCAGUCGCACCAUGAGUGACAUCUCGCCUUGUGCCGUGGCCUCAGCGCUGCCCCGUAACCGUGUGUUUGAAACCAGACUCACUCUCGUGGCUUCUAGCUGGUGACACCCAGCUUCCAGAUGCCUCCCACUGCUCUCAAACAAGGAACCCAAACAUAUUCCCGUCAUCCGUGUGGCCUGUGUCCCCCUGAAACGCCCCACCCCAGGUCUGGGAGCCCCUGCAGGUGCCCAGGGCCUGGUCCCCACCCGAGGGCCAUGCGGGCAGCUGGAAUCCCCACACAGAGCCGCUGUGACCUCGGGGACGGGUGGCCUUCAGCCACCUCCCGACUGUCCUUGUGCCCGUGACUGUCCUUGUACCCGUGCUGUGUCUGUGCCAUGCCCAGUGUCCAAAUAAAGCACUUUGUGAGUUAAA